AAUGAAUUGCCGUUGCAGAUGUUGCAGCUAGUAGUCGCAGCGCUGCUGCUGGCCGGCGUGAGCUCCGACAACUCCACCGACACUGCAGAUGUGUGCGUGGGGCCCUGGAGUCAGGCGCUGGAGGACUGGGCCACCGCACCACAUUCUGAGAGAACUGGCCGCAUCAUGGUCCUCGCUCCAGCCAAGGGCUACUACGUGACGGAGCGCAUUGACACGCCCCUGACUCCCCCUCCCCCGCCGCCGCCCGCACCCCCCGCGCCCCCCGCCCCGCCGGCGCUCAAGGCCAGCUACAAGCCCCACACGCCACAGGGGUACAGCGAGUGGGACGGUGCUGGACCCGGCAAGAUCGUGAACCGCCCGCCUAAGCCGUAUGACAAGUUCAAACCGAGCUAUCCGGCACCUCCACCCCCACAGUACGCCGUGGACCGCGUGGACGAUCCGCCCAAGCGCGUGUCGGAGACGGACCUGUACCUGCUGACCGCCAUAGAGAAGCUCGUCUACCGCGCAGACCUCACCGAGAAGAGGCUGAGGAAGAUCGAGGAGGCAGUGCAGCUGCUGUUAGGAGGAGAGACUAAGCCAGAGCCAUCAUGCGCGACCGACUUCACGCGCGUGGGCGGCGGCUGCUACUACUGGUCGCGCGAGGCGGUGGACUGGAAGGACGCGAGCCGCGCCUGCCGCCGCCGCGCAGCGUCGCUGCUCGAGCUGCCCAGACGAGAGGACGCCAGGGCCGUCAUUACUGCGCUCCUCAGCGAUAAGAAACUUAAAGGCGACGACUUCUGGACAGGCGGCCUCAACCCCGGCCUACUCUGGAUCUGGUCGGGCUCGGCCAGGCCGAUACAGUCAAACACGACCGACAACGCGACGGUCACUAUCAGCGGGGACGGGCGCUGCCUGGCCUUGGUCCACGAGUCCGCCGUCCACAGCUACAUGUAUAGAGGCCAGGACUGCGGCAUCCGACACAGAUACAUAUGCCAGCUAGAAGAAAAACAGGAGAAGUUGAGCAACGACAUAGAGAAAACGGCGCGCGCGCUGCGACACGACAAUAGAAGGGCGAAGUUACUGUUGGACACUAUACAAGAGAGGGUUGUUCGGUAGAAAUGUCUCUAUAGUCUUUUGUCUU